GUGAAUUUUGAGUUACGGAGCGUUAGGCACCCCAACAUACUGAUGAGCUGUUUUUUCGAUUGGUUAAAUGGGAUACGCUUCUCAUAAACCGCUACUCGCCCGCCACCCCAGCAUUUGAAGACAAACAGUAGGGCCUGGUACCUGGUACCAGGUGUCUACUGUUGUCUCCACCCACUAACCUAAAACUAACGUUCCCGUUUUGUCUGCUCUCCGAAAAAUCCAGUAAAUAAAGUUGCUUGAAAAGGAUAAUUUAUAGUAGCGUUGGGUAGCCUAGUCUCGGCCUUCUGAUUGGGUUGAAGCAAAGUAACGAAAUAGCCAAUGAAAGGGUAGACGUACAAGUACCAUUUAUUUUUCGCAUUUGUGACGACACACUGAAAUUAACCCAAUCGUAAGUGACACUUUACUGACCUCAUUUGAAUACCGCAUCUAUAAAUAAAUGUGUCUUUACCCGCGGUGAUUAUUUUUUAAGGUGUUAAUGGUAGUGUAACUCUUGACGCUGCAAUGCCAGAACCCACGAAAUCUGCUCCGGCCCCAAAGAAGGGCUCCAAGAAGGCGGUGACCAAAGCGCAGAAGAAGGACGGCAAGAAGCGCAAGCGCAGCCGCAAGGAGAGCUACUCGGUGUACGUGUACAAGGUGCUCAAGCAGGUCCACCCCGACACCGGCAUCUCGUCCAAGGCCAUGGGCAUCAUGAACUCGUUUGUCAACGACAUCUUCGAGCGCAUCGCGGGCGAGGCGUCGCGCCUGGCGCAUUACAACAAGCGCUCGACCAUCACCUCCAGGGAGAUCCAGACCGCCGUGCGCCUGCUGCUGCCCGGGGAACUGGCCAAGCACGCCGUGUCCGAGGGCACCAAGGCCGUCACCAAGUACACCAGCUCCAAGUAAACUUGCCAAGUAAGCUUCCUUAUACCUAACCCCAAAGGCUCUUUUAAGAGCCAAGCAUGCUUUCAUUAAACGAGUUGUAAUUUAUUGCAAA